AUGGCUACAAGCUGUUUGGCUAGAUGGUCGUGUUUGCUCUGCAGCCCCUCCACUGCUGAGUCAUCCUUCUUCUUCUGCGACUGCAAUGUGGCCAGUGGCGCUUUGACCAAUUACCGUGCCAGAGGCACGAACUCUGCCACACUCAACUGCCAGUUGCUCUCGCCAACCACAAUUGAUCGCCAAGAGCAGGCUGCACACCACCUAACUGGUCAGACGGCAGCUCCUGGCCCGACACUCCGCCCAGUCCCGGGAAAGCCCAAUCCAGCGACUGCUCUAAGCUCCGUGCUUUGUGUCCCCAUGCGUCGGUGUGCAAUCGCAUACCCACCAUAUUUUAUUAGCGAAGGUCAAAAUCAGAAUUCCCGCAGCUUGCUCGGAACUCGUCUGCAAGGUUUGUACAUCUUUCUGAAGUUUGGCAUACGUGGAAUAAAGGGUGAAACCAAGUACAUGAUACAUGAGCUUGGAUACAGCGACUCCAUUCGUGCAAUAAUUCGUGGACAAUCCGACGAUCCUUGCAAAAUUAACACGACUUUCUUUGGUUCCAACACUAAAGCGGCGGCGGUAACGAUGGUAGAAAAUGAAGACAUCCCUGAAUACCGGGCAGAUGAGAUUGAUCGCCCUUUCCAGUGGCUACCACCGUCUGAUGCUUAUAUAUCCUUGUAUCCCCUGUUCCACGUUGUUGAGACUGACUCUCCUGAAUCCCCACGUGUUCAGAGGUUCGGAGAAUAA